AUCUUCCGCUCAUUACUUUUCAUUUCUGUGUGUUUAUAUUAGUUCAUAGCUCUAUGCUUCAUUCUACGGCAUUUUUAUAACUUUAAGUCUAUUAAUAAAUAAAUAAACAAAUUUCAGGUCCAAACAUAUUUCCUUAUUAUCGAAUAUAAUAAUUAUGUAUGUGAGUUCGGUUGGAUCUAAAAGAAACAAGCAUGUGAAGAUAACGGGGUAGUAAUUGUUAGGCGUGGGGCUGAACUAAUUUGAUUUGGUUUGGUAGAGGACGGUCAAAAAUACAUUUAUACAGUGGUUGCAAACCACAAAGUUGUUAGUUGCGAUUAAUCUUAAUUUAACAUGUUUAAUGAUGUGCAUCUUGCACGCGUUAGUAAGAUUCAACGCAGUGCAGACGUGGCCAAAGGAAACACCGAGACAAAUGCUGCCAGUCGACGUGCUAUAACGCGUAACCCUAAGGAGGUGCAUUUAGGAAAUAAAGCCUCUGAGGUAGCAUCUUUUGUUUGCAGUCAUGCCCCCAGAACGGGAGAUUUGGUCAUUGCCAGUGAAAUCGACUCGCCUGAUCACACUCAACGCGAUAACAAUGAAAGUGAUAACAACAUUAGCUCCUGUUCUACACUGGAUAUUGGAAAGGUGGAAAACCUAUCCCUUCAACAAUUGGAAGUUCAGGUGCGAGACUUAAUGCACCGCCUUCAGGACUCUGAGCAGCAACGUAUGGACUUGCAGCGAAAAUUGGAGGAUUGCAAUGGUGAAAAAGAAUUGUGCCUACGACGUUUGGAAGUUGUCAGUACUGCACACGAAUGUCGCAUAACAGAAAUGCACUGCGUUAUAGCGGAAUUAAGUAAGAAACUGCGAGCUAAACAGGAAACUGUUAUUCUAGAAGAGCACGAACCGGAAGAGAGUGAGAUAAGUUUUCAAGAAGACGUAUCUGUGUAUAAUUCCGAACUAAAUUUGACAAACCCUGAUGCGGAGUGUCAAACUGAAUUUGUUGAGAGUGGAGCCGAACAUUCGAUCUAUGAAGGCAACAGCACUGGGGAUAAUGUCCACUGUGUAGAUUCAAUAGACCAGCCCAAAAUUAUUGAUGUCGUAUGUAAAGGACAAGUGGAGGCGCUCCAAGAAGAGGUGCUUCGUUUAAAAGCGCAAAUCGCUCUUCUGCAGUCAGAAAUUGCAAAUAACGAGACCACUUCUCGGGAGCAAAAACAAUCUACAGAAAUACUGAACCCAACGAAUCCUAGUGAGGCAAAGAAUAGUGAAAUUGAUCCGGAAAGAAUGUCACAUUCAGAUUUUGUGACGCCACUAAAGCAAUACGAGCUACUUUCUACACCCCAAAUAACACCACCUGUGGCGAAAAUUGCGGAACGUAUUAAGUUAAAAUGUAGAAGUCAGUCAAUCAAUAGCACACAGGAGUCGAAAACUGCGACAGGUAUACUAAAUACCGAGAAUGACGGCAUGGUUGAGCAUCUGGUAAUAGAUUCUAAACAGAAUGACAAAAGUUUGACGAGUAGCUUUUCUGAAGUAUCCCAAAUAAGUACGGAACUACAGCGUUUGCAACGUAAAAUCGAAAAGUUAAAAAUGCGAAAUACAAUUCUCUCCCUUACAUUAGAGGAAUGUAAAGAACAUUGUGAGCAUUUGUAUUUACUUUGCGGUAAAUAUGAAUCAAACGCAAUUGCUUUGCAAACUGCGGUAAAUUGUAGUGAUCGGGCCAUUGAAGCUUAUGAUGUUAUGCUGGCACUUCUAGAGAGCAAAUUAGCCUUGAUGACGGAAAAAUCCCUUGGCGCGGAAGAGAGUAGAAGAGCUGUGGAGACAGUUGCACAACACCUCCUAGAUCGCCUGGAAAGUGAGAAAAAUAUUUGUGAAAAUAGCUUGGGACCUUGGCAAUCAACCUUCAGUAUUCCCGACAAGGUUUACACACCAUGGACUACUGAUGAUGAUAACCUUUUGCGUUACCAUGUUUCAAAAUUGAAAGGUCGUCGCUCCACCGUACAAAAUACAAUUGUCAAUCUGGAGUCGCCUUUUAGCGAUUUGUACGAAAAAUCCCGCAAAGCUAUUGAGAGUGGUAACGGAAUGGCUGAAAAAGAGAACAACGCACAAUUUGAUAUCGAAAUGGCAGUAAUGAUGCAAGAGUUAUUAAACUUGCGCGAAGAAAAUAUCACUUUAAAAUCAAAGGUUGAAUCAGCUGAAGCAGAAAAACGUCUCGCUACUGAGCGCAAUAGCUCUCUUGAAGAAGCAUUGCAACAAUUGCAGUUGCAGCUACAAUUGCAACUACAAAUUAGCAUCGAUGCCAGCAGUGCACUUUUCCAUCGCGAGCAGAUCGCAGAAAAUCGGAUUUCCUACUCCGAGUCCGAACAUGUCGCACUCACAGAACAGCAAUUAGUAGAAGCGCUAACACGAGAAUCCGAACUCAAAAGCCGUAUUCAAACAUUAAUAGCAUCAGUGAGCGCUUCCCAACUUAACGCCGAUGAACGACACGUCCAGCUACAGAAUAAUAUUCAGGAAUUGCAAAAAUCAAAUUUAAAUUUAACACAACUUUUGGAUCAAAACAAGCGCAGAUAUCAAGCACGAGUACGCAGAUUGGAGCAGAAAAUUGUAGAAAUGUCAUUUGGGCUUGAUCAGAAAGUUAUUGGAGAAAAAUGUAAUGCCAAUGAUAACUGCUGUAUUGCUCGUACUAUAGACUGUGACCGCGUAGAACAGCAGCCACAACGUAUAAAAUCAAAAAACUCAGAAGAACUAUCGCAGUCAUAUGAGUCGCAACUACAAAUACAAGAGAUCGUGCCUGAGACUACUCUUUAGAAUAGUAAAUAGCAGAACAAUGUUUGCAACAAAUAGAUUACAAUUAAGUUCAAUUUCCUAUUAUUCUAGCCUAUCAUACGCCAAAUUGAAUCUUAAAUUUUAUAUUAAUCUAAUCCAUUCAAGUGUGCCAUUUAUCGCAUUAAUUUAUCGCUUGGCUUAGCUAAUCGGGCAUAUUGUGCUAGAAAGCAAUACAUAACAUAAUACAUAAAAUGCAUAUAAAUUUUCCCGCAUCAAUUUAUAAAGUUUAGGUAUCAUAUAUAAUUACGUGGACUCACAACAUACCAUAUGCAUAUACAUAUGUUUUUUGUAAUUACACAUUGCUUGUUAAACUAUUAUUAAUGUACAAAUCGCGCUGGAAUAAAUUACUCGAAUUGAG